GGAAAAGGGGAUCAUAGCUGUGAAGCGGACUUAGGGAACCCCAGAUGGGCAUUAGGUGCCGGAGAUACGGUCCUUGCGGCAAGCUGGUGCCCGCCCGGCAGAGAUCUUUGUGGCAGGCCGAGAAAGACGGAAGUAAAGGCCGGGGCUUCCACGCUGACACAGAAACAAAGGAAUCCUGAAAUGCAGCAACAGAAAGCGACUGCAGGCCAGCCGAUGCAAAAGGAAAAAGGGAUCAGGAGGGGGCAAUGGAGACUAGGUACCAAUGGGGUUGAAGACAGAAGAAACAAAUUGCCAGAAGCAGUUUGAAGCAGCUGUCCAGGUCAUUCAAGGCUUGCCCAAGAAUGGUUCCUACCGCCCUUCGUAUGAAGAAAUGCUAUGUUUCUACAGUUACUACAAGCAAGCAACAGUGGGUCAAUGCCAGAUCCCAAGACCAGGAUUUUGGGAUCCUAUUGGCAGGUAUAAAUGGGAUGCCUGGAAUAGCUUGGGAAAGAUGACCAAAGAGGAUGCCAUGGCUGCUUAUGUUAUGGAAAUGAAGAAGGCUGCCCAGAAGGUCAUCAACACUGUGCCGAUGGACGAAGCAUCAGAGGACAUGUUUGUAUACUUUGAACCCCUCUAUGAAGUGAUUGAUGAUAUGCCCAGACCCCCCGAAUCCUUCUUCAAGAAUAAAUCAGCUAAACUGGACUCGGAGACUGCCUCUUUGCAAAAUAGUUCAUUAAAUGGACUUGCUGAAAUCUGUCCAAAUCUACCGGUGUAUGGAGAGUGCAAGCAAGCAGGACCUGGCCUUGCCAAUAAAGCUAUGAAGAGCAGCCAAGUGACCAGUGAUUCAGAGAAAGAGGUGUUCUGUGAUAGCCUAGAACAAGUGGAGCCUCAUCAGGCCAGAAGACGGUCAGCCAAACAAAGCUUUCCCUUGAGCAACCCUCCCGGAAGUCGAGCUGCGGAGAAAAGGGGGUCUGCAAUGGAUCUUUCGGCUCCAUCUCAUCUUACACACCCGCAGACUGCCCCAGCUGAGAUCAGCAGCAGUCCUGAAGCCAUCAGAGAGCGCCAGGCAGGUGUCUUGACCCAGAAGGAUAUAACCCUGCAGGCGAUGAGCACCAUUCAAGCUUUGCAACGGGAUAUGAAGAAAGUGAUGGAAAGACUCAGCUACUUGGAAUCAUGGGCAGCUUUGCAGCAGCAUCCAUCCAUGAUGAACCCUUGUCUGUCAGCCAAAGUACCUGAUGCAAAGGAACUGCCAAGUUGGCCUGUGCACCUGUCUCCUCAUACCUGGUUUUUCUUGUUGGCUUGGCCUUUUGUUGUCCAGUGGCUACUUUGGUGCUUCCAGAGACAGAAGAGAUGAAUUCCUUAUUGUCAUUUAAUAAUAUUAAAGGAGAAAAACUCCUUGGAAAUGGCUGGAAAUAUCAGUUUGAACUCCAAACAUUGGACUCCUACCAGCACUUACCAAUGACCAUACUUUUUCAUCUUUAUCAAUCUACCUUGCUACAAUCCUGUGGUUCACAGAGGAAGAUAUUUAAUACACUUUGAUUUUUUACCAACUAAAUGUAAAGCAAAGAUAAAGAUGAGUGCAAAGGAAAAUUCAAGUACAGAGUCCUUAUUCAGUCAGCAUGAAGAAAGGUGCAAAGGGAAAAUGAUGCUUUAACAGACAAGAUAUAUCCUAAUAAGCCAAUGGACUUUAACUUUGCAGUGGUGUGCUAAAAAAGUAACCCUUAACCCUGCAAGACUCUGAAAUGAGGUGGUAUGGGUAUGGUAAACAAACUUUUAACUAGUCCAGGAAAGGAACAUUUCUGCUACCAGCUGCCCAACACCUAAGGAGAAAUGAACGUGGCAAUGUCUUUUUUUGUCCCAGGUGGCCUAAAAUCAUUCCAGCUGUAAAAAAUAGUUUGAUGCUAAAUAAAGAAGCUGUGGUCUCCUUCCUUGUCUCUAACACCUACUUCUUCCAAAAAUCUGGUUAAAAAAAGAGUUCCCAAGGAGAGAUUUCUGUUCUACUUCUCAUUUGCCUGCGCUUCCUGUUCCAACCAAGGGAUCAAAAAUUGGGAACACUGGCCAAGCUCUUAGUCCAAGGGCAUACAGUGAGCAUCAUGCUAUCGAGAAGACAAUAUAAUGGACGGAGCCUUCCAUAGCUGCUGCUAUCAGGUUCUCACCAUCUAUUCUAGAAACAAGAGAUUGACAACUUGACAUGGUAAUGACUAAUCUCAUGCAUCAACUUAAAGGCAGAGGGAAGAAUCCCUCUGAGAAUGAACAGUGAUGCCUUUCCCUCCACACUGAGGUUCCUCACCACCUGUCUCUUCACUUUGGGAGCAAUGCAUAUAGUUAACAUAAAAAUAGUCCUGCAUCCAGUUCUGAGGAUUACAAGAAGGCUACCAACAGAAUGAACCAUAUUCAGAAGUUUAUUGAUAAAGACAUCAGGGAGUCAUAGAUCCAGUCAAAUCCAAUAAGGAAAAUCUAAAGGAGUUAUUUGGUAUGCCUUGCCUGAAUAAGAAAUAAUUAAAAGGCUGUCACAUAGCUGAAGGAGCAAAUUUACCUUAUGUUGCUCAAGAGAGUUGGACCUGAACCGAUUCAAAUUAUAAGAACGGAUUCCGAGUAAACAUUAGGAGCUAAGUGUAGCAUUGUAUGAGUAGACUUUUUUUUCUCUGCUUCCACGCAACCCUCUGCAUGCCACUAUCAGCUCCAGAGGGUAUCUUAGUUUUCCGAAGUAAAUCAGAGUUGUAUAUAUUGGCUUUCAAGGGGAUUGAUGGCCUGAUAUACCACUGGAUAAGCUAAGAAGAACUACCUGACAGUACAAACCGACAGUGGAAUAGAGUGCCUCAGAAGACAAUGGACUGUUUUUAAGCAUAUAUUUCAAGGCAGAAAUUUACUGUAACACUACAUUUACAGCAUUGACAUACAUGAUUUUUGAGGUCCCCUUCAUCUUUAUGUCUGGGUUUCAAUUUGCUAAGAAUUGUUUGUGUUAACUAUGAAUUGUUAACCAUAAUUGCCUGGAUCAUAUAAGCUGCUAAACAAACUGGUUUAUAGGCUACAUGACCGAGUUCAUAUAUCACACUAAAUCAAACCCAAACAAACUAUAUUAUGGAUGGGUUCAGACACUGCUAAGUUGGAGUGAAGGAGAACUGGCAGCCUCAAAGAUUCUUUUCUGUGGAUCUCAGACCUUGUCUUAAAAAAUCAGCAGCUUUCCACUGUUUUGAGGUGGGAAAACCAUAACAACUGUUGCAAAUUCUUAACAUAGGCUUUCUCAGACUAGGAAAAGAAAUGGAAAAUUCCAUUCUGCUCAUAUACAUAAUAAUUACCAUAUCCAUUUUGUAUCAUUGCUCCACACACUGUAUUCCUUAUCUCCAACAAAAACGUUAAAUACGGCCCCUGAUCUCCAAAUGGUUGCUAAUCCCUGCACCAUCAUAAUAUGGUUUGUUUAGGUUUUGGCUUGGUGCAACACGUGAAUCUUAUUGAUGUAAUUUGUUCAUGUUGUAUGAAUCCAACUUUUUUUAAAUCACAGUUAAUUGCAGUGGAGGGCAAGCAAAGUUCCUGUGCUGUAUGUAGCCUCAGCUGUCUUUCUGCAGUCCCUAGAAUACCCUUUCCCUGUGAUCACCAGAAGAGUGAUAUUUUGAAACUCACAAAAAUAAUAGUGUAAUAUCUAAAAUAGUAUAACAGGUUUUUAAAAUUACCCCCAACCUCCUGGAAAAAAAUGGAAAAAUCCUAGUCCUGUCACUAUCUGAUGUGGCCACCUCUUGUUGCCCCAUGUUAAAUGUGGUGUACAACAAAAGAUGACCCACCUCUGACUUACGGUUUAGCAUGCAGGUGAGCCCAGCUAUUAUAGCAUAUUCAUUAACCAUUUUUGGCUUACAGCAGAAUUAGUUGACUUUUUUGUGACAUGGGAGCUGCACUUUUAAUUGUUAAAAUUUUAGGGGCUUAAGACCAUAGGGGUAUGUGGCCAGUCAUGCACUGAUAUAUCAAAAUGGGCAGGCCUGAAAUGUUCACCUCUUCUGUGGAGGCUUCAAGGUAGAUUUCAAGUCAAAAUAGAUGUAUUAAAGCUUAGCAGUGCCAAAAGGUACAAAAA